GAUCGGGUUCAAUGGUACCAUGGAAAGGUAUCAAGAGAAAAUGCAGAAAAUCUUCUAAAGGAAGGUAGGUCUAUUAGUGCUAAUACAGAUGGUUUAUUUCUGAUAAGAGAGGGCUCUAAAAACUACUCCCUAUCUCUUUUAGUUAAAUGUGAAAUUAAACACUAUAUUCUAGAAGAAAAGAAAGAGUGUUAUUUUCAAAUUGACAACGGUGAGGCUGUUCAUGGUUUAGAUUGUUUUGUUGAAUAUCACAGUCAGAAUGCUCAUGGUUUACCAACAAGAUUGACUAGUUUCUGUAAAGGUUCAUCACCACCAUUAAAGGCUAGAAGAAGUGGCUUUACAAAUCUUUUACAUAGAUCUGUAUUAGAAGGAAAUCCAAAUAUUGUGAAAGAAAUUUUAAGUCAUCCUGAUAGUCCAAAUAUUGAUGCCAAAAAUACCAGAGGUGCUACAGCCUUACAUGAUGCAGCAGAAAAUGGUUACCAUGAUAUUGUACAUAUGUUGAUAAAACAUGGAUGUGAUGUCAGUAUUAAAGAUGUCAAUGGACACACAGCAUUACAGAGAGCAGCAUUAAAAGACCAUCCAAAUGUAAUAGCUAUUCUGUUUUCUGAAGGAAAAGCUGACCCCCUAGCCAAAAGUCCAGUCAAUGGAUGGAUAGCUAUACAUGAAGCAGCUAUGGCUGGUAAUAUAAAUUCUCUCAAGAUUUUAUUAGAUAUAAGCCAUUUACCUUUCCCGAGAACCUUAGACUUGGAAACACCAUAUGAUAUAGCAUUGAAAUAUCAUCGAAAUGAAUGUGUUAAAUAUUUAGAAAAUUACAAGCUAUCAGAUUCUGCUAAAAAAGCUAAACUAUGGAAUCAUUCAGAAUUAAACAGAGAGGGAUGUACCAAGCUGUUAGAGUAUUUCGGCUUGAGUGAAGGCUUGUUUUUGAUUCGUAAUAGUAGGAAAGGGGAUGGUUCAAAUGUAUUAAGUUUAUGUCAUGAUAUGAUGGUCAUGAACUAUGUUAUCAAAACUAAGACAUACAUGAAUAAACUUGUAUACUAUAUUGAUGAUGGGCCAUAUAUGUUAUCCAUACCACAUUUGAUAUAUCACUAUAACAGAACUACUGAUGGGUUACCUUGUCUUUUAUUAACAGCUGUUACUACUACUGACAGCAAGCCACAUAAAGCUGACAGCAAGCCACAUAAAGCUGACAGUACAUCACAUAAUGCUGACAAGAUCACACCUGAGAAUCGGAUUGUUCACAGAAAUGUCAACCAAUCAACAACAAGUGUAACAAGCCCGACACCUCCCACCACCCCCACACCCAGCCCCUCAACAUCUGUUCUAUCACAAAAAAUCCAACCAGAAAAUAUUAAAGAAAAAAACAUCAAACUAGGUACAGUGUUGGGUGAAGGGGAAUAUGGGUCUGUAUUAAAAGGAGUUUUAACUUACCAAGAAAAAUAUGGUCCGAUACCUAUAUCAAAGAAAAAGGACGUGGCUGUAAAAUUAUUCCAUGAAGAUAGUGUAGGAGAUGAAACUGAUUUUCUACGUGAAGCUUAUGUCAUGCAGUCUUUGAAGCAUAAAUGUAUUGUGGAAUUAAUUGGAGUUUGUCAUGGUCAACAGCUAAUGUUGAUAGAAGAGUUUGUACCAAUGGGGUCUAUGUUAGACUAUCUACAAGAUUAUCCUGAACUAGUUGAAGUCAAACCUGAUCUGUAUUUAUGGGCUGGACAAAUAGCCCAGGGAAUGGAAUAUUUAGAAUCUAAGAAACUGGUACAUCGUGAUUUGGCAGCUAGAAAUAUUUUAUUAUCCACAAAAUAUCAGAUAAAAAUCAGUGAUUUUGGUUUAUCAAGAGCUACAGGGGGUGAUAGUGAUUACUAUAGAGCUCAUAAAGGUGGUAGAUGGCCAAUCAAAUGGUAUGCACCAGAGAGUGUCAACUAUGGAAAAUUUACCCAUGCGAGUGAUGUUUGGAGUUACGGUAUUACUUUAUGGGAGAUGUUUUCAUAUGGUGAAUCACCUUAUGAAGAUAAAAAGGGAAUUGAGGUUGUACAAUCUAUAGAAAAGGGCCGUCGUUUAAGUAGGCCUGUUAAGUGUCCGGAGGAUGUGUAUUUAAUCAUGAAAAAUUGUUGGAAAAAAGAUCCAUCCACAAGACCCAGUUUUCAUGAGUUAUAUAACAAGUUUGAU